ACGUGGGAAGGGACGGGACCGGUGAAGCUGAAGGGAGACGCCGCCGCCGGGCUGUCGCGUGGACGUGGGUGAAACGUGUGUCUCCGCGCUGGGCGAGAGCUCUCUAUUUUUCCAUCGCGUAGCGUAGACCGCGUCGGCGGGAUGGAGUGCGUUUACAGGUUACCGUUCUUAGUCCUGGAAGUGCCUAACCUGAAGCUGAAGAGACCGUCCUGGUUCGUGAAGCCCAGCGCUAUGGUAGUCUUCGCCUUCAUACUGUUCUCGUACUUCUUGGUGACAGGAGGAAUCAUAUACGACGUUAUCGUCGAGCCGCCCAGCGUGGGAUCUACAACGGACGAGCAUGGUCACACGAGACCGGUGGCGUUUAUGCCCUAUCGCGUGAACGGGCAGUACAUCAUGGAGGGUCUGGCCUCCAGUUUCUUGUUCACGAUGGGAGGCCUGGGCUUCAUCAUACUGGAUCAGACGCACGGGCCGUCGACGCCGAAGCUUAACCGAGUUCUUCUAAUAUGCGUUGGAUUCCUCAGCAUACUCGUGUCGUUUACCGCGUGCUGGAUAUUCAUGAAGAUGAAACUCCCCGGGUAUCUGCAAUCCUAAGUCACAAAUGAUUGUGAAUUCUAUGAACGUUGCAAUGAAUCAUCGUUUUUUAUAUAUCGUAAGUAUGGGAUAACGUUACAAUACGCGUGAUAUUGUAACAGUGGAUUGGUGGCUUUUGUAAUAAAGUAUGAUAAGCAAAACU